CAUUUUGUGUCCCGCACAACCUGCUCAGACGGAGACGAGGAUCCAGCGAAGCACAAGUGUUAAUGUUAACUGCUAUUUCUUAUUUUAUUCUGCAUUUAAAGUCUAUAAGAGUUUGGUUUGUAGGUGGCGUUGUUCGCGGUUGUCUGGCUGAGUUGAUUGUCACCGGACGGUUGACAGUCGUGUCGGACUUCAUCUUGUUUACCAUCAACUGUAGCAGAGGAGCUAGCGUCGUUAGCUCGGUCGCUAGCCCGCACAGUGCUAGCGUUAGCUUCGUAACGCUGAAUCUGUGGCGAAAUGGCGGCCAACAAGACACAAUCAACACCAGCGAGUAACUGGUCUUAUGCUGGUCCUGAUGAUGGCCAGGUUCACGAAAACCCAGAGUGGGAGAAAGCAAGACAAGCACUAGCAUCCAUUACCAAGAGUCAGAGCACUGCAAAGACAACACAAGCCAACCGGACCACAGCAGAGGCCGGUCAGUUCCAGCCAGCAGUGACUGACUCGGUUCCCAUGGCGCUGCCGCCGCCGCAGCAGCAGCAGCAGCACCCGCAGCAGCAGCCGCAGCAGCAGCAGCAGCAGCAAUACUAUCCGUGGUACCAACAAUCACAGCAGCACUACCCUGGAUACACAUACCCCUAUAACUAUUACUACCCCAUGGGUCCAUAUGGAGCUGCAUAUCCACCAAAUCAGUAUGGUGUACCCCCAGGGCCUUACCCAGGAACUCCUCUAGCCAAUGGCCAGCCUCCUCCAGUGCCUGGAAUGGAAGACCAGUCCCCCAGCUACCCCUCUCAACCACAACCCCCUCCCCCUGCUACUCCCCAACCCCCCCAGAGCCCAACCACCUCAGAGAAACCCCCUCCCCCUCCAACCCCACCCAUUCCUUCCUCUCCCAACUCCCAGUAUCCCCCCCCUCCAUCACAAAAUGCUUACAGUGCCAAUAACUCCAUGCCAUACCCACCUGGUGACCCCAACCAAAUCCAACACUAUAAUCAUUCCCAGGGACGGCCUAACUAUGGCCAGGGCUUCCAGCCCCAGAGCACCUAUCAGUCCUCUCAGAGUAACUCUCAGCAGCCAGGCCAGUAUGUACCAGGAUUGGGCAGAGGAGAGGCCAACAAAAACCAAACACAAGGACAACAACUGUGGCAUCGCAUGAAACAGGCACCUGGGGCAGGUAGUGUGAAGUUCAAUAUUCCCAAGAGGCCCUAUCAGGUACAGUGUUCUCCAACGUCCAAUCAGGCUUUCCCUCCAGGCGAGCAGCCCUCAGGAUUAAAUCCAGCUCCGUCCUCCCCAGGUUCUGUCAACGCUGCAUCUGGAGGUGCUCAGACACGGCCCCAGGACUGGCCCCAAGCCAUGAAGGAAUAUGUGCAGCGCUGUUUUACAGCAUGUGAGACAGAGGAAGACAAAGAUCGCACAGAGAAAGUGCUGAAGGAAGUCCUGCAGGACCGGUUAAAGGACGGCUCUGCUUACACCAUUGACUGGAAUCGUGAGCCACUGCCAGAACUAAGGGCCAAGCAGUCUCGUUGGGAAGCUGUCUCAUCUCUGAGGUCCUCAGAUGGCACAAAUGGCCGUGGUGGAAGUACAGUGGCUGCGUCUUUGAGAGGCAGGGCCGGAGGACACAGACUGGGCCACUACAGGAAUAUAUUUUCUCAAAGGAGUCCAUCCUCUAGUUCCUCCCGUUCCUCCUCCCGCUCUCCAUCCCCCUCUCAUGGCCGACACAGGGACCGCGGCAACCAAAGGCACAGGAGAAGUGAUUCUGGCUCACAGUCAGACAGCAGCAUCUCCAGUGACCUUCGUCCUCAACUUUCAAGACGAGGUCAGAAAGGAGCCCGUGGUCGUGGUAAUGACAGGGAUAGAGGCCGAGGGGGUGGAGAGAGAGGAAGAGGAAGAGGAGGAAAAUCCAAUAGAGGAAGACGAAACAUGGAAGAAACCGGUGGAAAGAAGAGGAAAGGAGGAAGUGCCGGUCUGGAUUUCCAUGACCCCAACAGGGAAGCCAAGAAACAGAGCAGAGCCGCUCGUUUCCACAAGCAGCUCCGUUUAGAGCCCUUGGUUCUCUCUGUCAAUACAGUAGACCUGCCUAAUGGUACACAGGAGGGCCUCAGCUGGGAGGACUGUCCCAUUGUGGGAACAUGUCAGGACAUCACAAAGCACUACCUGAGGCUCACUUGUGCCCCUGACCCUGCCACUGUGCGCCCUGUGCAUGUGCUGAAAAAAUCUCUGCAGGUUGUGAAGCUCGACUGGAAAAACAACCAGGACUACACUUACGCCUGUGAGCAGAUGAAGUCCAUACGACAAGACCUCACGGUCCAGGGAGUUAGAACAGACUUCACAGUGGAAGUGUACGAGUGUCAUGCACGUAUUGCUCUCGAAAAGGGAGACCAUGAAGAGUUCAAUCAGUGCCAGACCCAGCUGAAGGCUUUGUACAAGGACCAUCCCUCCGAGAACAUAGGAGAGUUUACAGCAUAUAGGUUGCUGUAUUACAUCUUCACCAAAAACUCUGGCGAUCUGACCACUGAGUUGGUGUACUUGACCCCGGCAUUGCAGGCAGAUAAGUGUGUGGCUCAUGCUCUUGCACUCCGAGCUGCCUGGGCAUUAGGAAACUUUCGCCGUUUCUUUAAGCUUUACCUGGAAGCACCACGAAUGGCUUCAUAUCUCAUUGACAAGUUUGUAGAGAGGGAAAGAAUGGUUGCUCUUCGGGCCUUAUUCAAAACGUUCAGGCCUGACUUGCCAGUCGAAUAUGUGCAGUCCAGUCUGGGCUUCACUUGUUUAGACUCCUGUGUGACCUUUCUUACUGGGCUAGGUGUCACCUUCACCCCCUAUGACCCCCUAAAGAUAGACUGUAAAACCAGCACCACAGCUUUGGCUGCCUCCUGAGUGGGUGGGGGGAGUAGCAGAAUGUGGGGAGACCCUCAUGGAUACUUACAUAUUCACUGCACUGCACUUUAGGCACCUUAGUCAGUUCAGAUAAGAUUCAGAUUAACACCUUUACCAGCCCCAUUGAGAAGGAAACAUUCGAACACGCUGCUGAGAGAAUGAGAUUUCAGGAUACAGGGUUAAUUAUCUGACACUCCGAUAAGAACAGUUUCAAACAUGAGGGAGAAUAUUUGCACACUCAACUAUUGCCAGUUAGCCUAAUUCCCAACUUAACACAAUAGUUGUGAUGCCAGAAAAGUGAAUCAACAGUUCAGAUUUGGAAAAGUCAUGUAGUCUCAGCACU